CCCGAGCCUGAGGCGCCGGGGCGCAGGCGCGGGCCGUGAGGGGAGGUGUCGCCAUGGCGGGCUCGCUGGGCGCCAUGUUCGCCAACCAGCCGCCGGGGCCGCCGCUGCCACCGCCGCCGGGACCUCCGGGGGGGCCCGGCCCUGCCGGCCUCAUCCCGCCUCCGCCGGGGCCUCGCAACCCCAACAACACGCUCGUGGACGAGCUGGAAGCGUCCUUCGAGGCCUGCUUCGCCUCGCUGGUGAGCCAGGACUACGUGAACGGCACCGACCAGGAGGAGAUCCGCACCGGUGUUGAUCAGUGUAUCCAGAAAUUCCUGGAUGUUGCAAGGCAAACCGAGUGUUUUUUCCUGCAAAAAAGACUGCAGCUGUCGGUCCAGAAACCGGAACAAGUCAUUAAAGAGGAUGUUUCAGAGUUAAGGAAUGAAUUGCAGAGAAAAGAAGCAUUAAUUCAGAAGCAUUUGAGUAAACUGCGACACUGGCAACAGGUCCUGGAAGACAUCAGUGUACAACACAAAAAGCCUGCAGAAAUGCCUCAGGGUCCGUUAGCUUACCUAGAACAGGCGUCUGCUAAUAUUCCUGCUCCAAUGAAGCAAACAUAAUCUUUGAAUUUACACAGUUAAAUGUUUUGAAUGAUACAAAGCAAUGGUUUCAUAUGCUUUUUGUAUAAUUUGUACAAUAAAUAUAAUCAGUUAAGACAGAAUUAAGUGAAAUAAAUUAUCUUUUU